AUGUGGAAGGAAGAGUACACCUUGGAAAUUCACGAAGUAAUGAAACCAGUGGACUAUUUCUCACAAUUUUUUGAUGAUCGAUGUAUCGAUUUGAUCACUCAGCAAACUGACUUAUAUGGACUUCAGAAGCUGGGAAUUGAACUUAAAAGCACAAAAGUAGAAAUACAACGAUAUAUAGGCACUCUGCUAUACUUGAGUGUUAUUAAAUUGCCCCAAUUAAAAAUAGCGUGGUCUCAAAAUUUGAAGCUAACGGCUAUAACGAACUCAUUAUCUCGCAAUAAGUUUGAAAAAAUUAAACAGUGUUUACAUUUUAACGAUAACAGCAAACAACCAAAAAAAGAAGAUUCAAACUAUGACAAAUUGUACAAGACGCGUCCUCUACUAGACAUCGUUAGAGAAAACUUUAAUGAUCUCCCUCAGGAAGAACAUCAAAGUGUUGAUGAGGAAAUAAUUGCGUUCAAAGGUUUCCUGAAUUUUUUGGUAAAAGGUCGAUCAACGUACAAACAAUACAAUCCAGCUAAGCCCAAUAAAUGGGGCUUGAAAAUGUUUACACGUGCUGGAACAUCUGGACUGGUUUACGCUUUCACGCUAUAUGUUGGUGAAGGUACCUGCCCAUUAUAUGGACAGGGGCUCUCUUCGGAUAUAGUUCUUUACUUAGCGAAAAAGUUACCCAAACAGAAGAACUUCAAACUCUAUUUUGAUAACUGGUUUACAUCG